GGGACAAGCCAAGUGGGCUUGAAGUCAUGCUGCAAGCAAGUUGACUGAUAUCAUCAGCCCUCUUGAGGCUUUGACUCUUCUUCUAUCUCCCAGCAUUUACUUCGUGCAACGUUGAAACCUUGAAGAGUUGGGGAGGAGAGUGUGGUAGUAGCAGUAACGCAGCAGCAGACACCUUCUCCUGCGCUUUCGGCCUCCAUAUGAUCAUUGGGUGAAGCCGAAGCAAUGUGCAGCUCUCUUCUACGCCUCUCUCACAUGGAGCACAGCCUUCUCCCUCGCCCUUGGUUUGCGUGGGUAAAUCUCGGAACUCCUCACAUCCAAGCAUUUAAGGUUCUCUGCCUGUGACGUGCGCUGGAAUCUGAGUCACGUACUUCUUCCAGCUUCAGUAUCUUCAUCUUCUUACUCUGGAGAGCCUUUUGCAUCUUCAAGUGAAGCAGAGAAGACAAUUGGAGUCCUCUUGCUUCCAAGCGAAACACCCGAGUGACCAGUGCCAUUGUGCCAUCUUCAUCUUCCCUCCAACUUCUUUUUCCAUCGUUUCCUUCGUCCAAAGCAUUCUCACCUCCUACCUUGAUUGAUCCCACUUGGUUUUGGUCAAGAGUCUGAGAUCUAUUCCUCCUCCUCCCUUACAUUCAUCGCUUCCAGUUCCACCCUUGCUCACUGCACUCCAGGGAGCACAGCAAAUGAGCUGCAUAUGGUGGUGUUGAUUGGUGAUCCUUAGACCGUUUCACCGCCAUCCACCACCAGUUACGGAGGAAGACAGCCCAUAUGAGGAAGGCCGGCAGCAUUUCCACUGGCUCACUCUUCUUCUCAUUCUUCGCCAUGGCUAUUCUCAGUUUCAUCAGCCCGACCGUCUCUCUCUCCCCUGAUGGCAAGGCUCUCCUGUCCCUGUUGGCUGCAGCCUCCGCCAGCUCCUCCCCGGGUCUGCUGCCCUCGUGGGACUCCUCCCAUCCCACCCCCUGCUCUUGGCAAGGAGUCACCUGCUCACCUCAAGGCAGGGUCAUCUCCCUCUCGCUGCCGAACACCUUCCUCAACCUCACCUCCAUUCCACCUGAGCUCUCCUCCCUCACCUCCCUCCAACUCCUCAACCUCUCCUCGGCCAACAUCUCCGGUGCCAUCCCACCCUCGUUCGGCGCGCUCGCGUCGCUCCGCCUUCUCGACCUGUCCUCCAACGCCUUGUCAGGCCCCAUCCCGCAGCGGCUCGGAGCCAUGGCCUCUCUCCAGUUCCUGCUCCUCAACUCCAACCGCCUCUCCGGCUCCAUUCCUCCCGCGCUCGCCAACCUCACCUCCCUCCAGGUCCUCUGCCUCCAAGACAACCUCCUAGAUGGCUCCAUACCCUCCCAACUUGGAUCUCUGCUCUCUCUCCAACAGUUCCGCAUAGGCGGCAACCCCUACCUCUCCGGCCGUCUCCCCCCGCAGCUCGGUCUGCUGACCAAUCUCACCACCUUCGGCGCCGCCGCCACCAGCCUCUCCGGUGCAAUCCCCGCAGAGUUCGGCAACCUGGUGAACCUCCAGACGUUAUCUCUCUACGACACCGACAUCUCCGGUUCGGUUCCGCCGGAGUUGGGCUCGUGCUCGGAGCUGACCAAUCUUUACUUGCACAUGAACAAGAUCACCGGCGGGAUCCCCCCUCAACUGGGUAAGCUGCAGAAACUCACUAGCCUGCUCUUGUGGGGGAACUCGCUCACGGGACCGAUCCCGGGCGAGCUCGCCAACUGCUCGGAGCUGGUGGUGCUUGACCUGUCCGCGAACAAGCUCUCGGGGGAAGUCCCCAGCGAGCUAGGGGGGUUGGCGCUCCUGGAACAGCUCCAUCUCUCUGACAAUCUGCUCACGGGUGGCAUACCAGAGGAGUUGAGCAACUGCAGCAGCUUGACUGCUCUUCAGCUCGACAAGAACGCACUGUCCGGGUCGAUUCCAUGGCAUAUCGGGAGCUUGAAGUCCUUGCAGAGUCUCUUCUUGUGGGGGAACUCAUUGUCGGGAACCAUUCCACGGUCCUUCGGCAACUGCACCGAGCUCUACGCCCUUGACCUGUCCAAGAACAGUCUCACAGGGACCAUCCCGGAGGAGAUCUUUGGCCUGAACAAGCUCAGCAAGCUGCUGCUGCUGGGGAAUUCAUUGACGGGGUCACUGCCGCCAAGCGUGGCGAAUUGCCAGUCAUUGGUCAGAUUGAGGCUCGGAGAGAACCAGCUCGCUGGUGAAGUUCCAAGAGAGAUCGGUAUGCUGCAAAACCUUGUGUUUUUGGAUCUUUAUACUAACAAUUUCACCGGGAAAUUACCUCCUGAGAUUGCCAAUAUCACCGUGUUGGAGCUGUUGGAUGUCCACAAUAACCACAUCGCCGGGGAAAUCCCUCCUCAGUUGGGUGAUCUGAUGAACUUGGAACAGCUGGAUCUCAGCGAGAACAGCUUCGCCGGAGGAAUCCCUGCGAGCUUCGGCAAUCUCAGCUACCUGAACAAGCUCAGCCUGAAGAGCAAUCUGCUCACUGGCUCAUUGCCAAGAUCCAUAAGGAACCUGCAGAAACUGACCUUGCUUGAUGCGAGUGGCAAUGGCCUCUCGGGUCGGAUCCCUCCUGAGAUCGGCUCCUUGACGAGCUUGACGAUUAGCUUGAACUUGAGAUCCAACCGGCUCGUCGGAGAAAUCCCACAGGAGAUCUCCGGUCUGACGCGGUUACAGUCCUUGGAUCUUUCGGGCAACAUGCUCGGUGGAGGGAUCCAAGUCUUAGGCCUCCUCACCAGUCUCACCUUCCUCAACAUCUCAUUCAACAAUUUCUCCGGGCCAAUUCCCGCCACUCCAUUCUUUCGAACUCUGUCAACCAACUCCUACCUCCGGAACCCCGAGCUCUGUCCCUCUUUCGAUGGUUACACCUGUUCUUCCGACCUCGCUCCCAGAGCUGCCAUCAAAUCAAUCAAAACCGUGGCACUAGCGUGUGCCGUUCUGGGCUCCGCCGCUCUCUUGUUCGCAGCGACGUGGAUGCUUGUCGGCAGAAACCGAAAGCUCGCAGCAGAGAAGGCAGUGAGCAUACCGUCUUCUGGAUGUGAUGAUUUCUCCCACCCGUGGACCUUCAUCCCGUUCCAGAAGCUAAACUUCACGGUUGACAACAUCCUCGAGUGGCUGAAGGAUGAGAACGUGAUCGGAAAAGGUUGCUCUGGGAUGGUCUACAAGGCUGAGAUGCCCGGUGGCGAGCUUAUCGCGGUGAAGAAGCUCUGGAAAACGAAGAAGGAAGAAGAACUCGUCGACGCAUUCGAGUCGGAGAUCCAGAUUCUCGGGCAUAUCAGGCACCGAAACAUCGUGAAGCUACUGGGUUACUGCUCCAACAAGUGCGUCAAGCUGCUUCUCUACAACUACAUCUCCAAUGGCAAUCUGCAACAGCUUCUGCAGGAGAACAGGAACUUGGACUGGGACACAAGGUACAAGAUUGCGCUCGGAUCGGCACAGGGCUUAGCUUACCUCCACCAUGACUGCAUCCCAGCCAUUCUUCACAGGGACGUCAAGUGCAACAACAUACUGUUGGAUUCCAAUUUCGAAGCUUAUCUGGCCGACUUCGGAUUGGCGAAGCUGAUGAGUUCGCCCAACUUCCACCAUGCCAUGUCCAGGAUUGCUGGUUCAUAUGGAUACAUAGCACCAGAGUAUGGGUACACGACGAAGAUCACAGAGAAGAGCGACGUGUACAGCUACGGGGUGGUCCUUUUAGAGAUUCUAAGCGGGCGGAGCGCCAUAGAGCCGAUGGUUGGUGACAGUCUUCACAUAGUAGAGUGGAUGAAGAAGAAGAUGGGCAGCUUGGAGCCUGCGGUCAACAUCUUGGACCCAAAGCUACGAGGAAUGCAAGACCCAAUGGUGCAAGAGAUGCUUCAGGCGCUGGGGAUCGCCAUGUUCUGCGUGAACUCAUCCCCGUCGGAGCGACCCACCAUGAAGGAGGUGGUGGCGCUGCUGAUGGAAGUGAAGAGCCCACCCGAAGAAUGCGGGAAGACUUCAUCACAACAGCCUCUUAUAAUGUCUGUGAAACAUGGUUAGUGGAUGGGUCUUCUUCUUCGUUUACUGAGAGGAAGCUUCGCUUCAUUUCUUCUUCUCUUAGUCUGAUGGUGCCUUGCAAUUGUUGUACAGCCUGUUAGCUUUGCAACUUUUUGUAGUCUUCUUCAUCUUUCCCAUCCUAAGCUUUCCGACUACAGAGAGAGAGAGAGAGAGAGAGAGAGAGAGAUUCUGGAUCUGUCAAAUUUUUUUUCUCUCAGGAACUCGUAGCUACUAAUGAAUUUUGUUUUAGGAGU